GGGAGGAGCCCCGCGCGCUGAAUCGUCCGCGAGAGUCACGAGCGGCGUACAUCCAAACUUUUCCCUCACGGAUAAUUCAUGACAUUUCACAGUAUAAUCGUAAAAGGAUUCCUGGAGUCACGCCAUGUUCAAGGCCGUGCUGAGGAAGAGCAGAGACAAUGGGAAAAACUGCAAGAAGGAUGCAGGGGAGCCGUACCUGCUCAGUGCCCAGCGGAGAUGUCCAGUUGGUGGGGUGCAAGAUGUGCACCCGUCCAUGGAGGAAAGCUUCAGAUUUGACCUGGCUAAAGGGGUUUCCAUGUCUCUCCCCUCCUCUCCUCUCUUGCCCCGUCAGACGUAUCUGAUGGCGCCCUGUAAGAAAUCUCCAGGACCUGUUAGAAAACCGAAAUAUGUGGAGAGUCCACGUGUUCCCGGAGAUGCCAUCACAUCGUCCCUGAGGAAGGUGGGCGACACCACAUCUGAGCUGGCCGGUCCAAGCCCCUCCCCCGCCACACAGGAGUUGAUGACACGCUUGGGGUUCUUACUCGGUGAAGGCAUCCCGGGCUCUGCACGCAUACCUAUGGGCGACAAGAAUGAAAAAAAGUGUGCAGUAAAUCAGGGUAUCAGCCCGUGUUCGACUCUGACCGGCAGCACAGCGUCUCCGUGUACAGACAGCCCCUGUUCCACCUUAAACAGUAACAGCAGCCGGCCAGCAGCCAAUCACUGCAGUCCGUGUGGAACCAUCAUCAGCCCGAGCUCCACCCUCGAGAGCAAAGACAGUGGAAUCAUCGCCACCAUCACGAGUUCAUCUGAGAAUGACGACCGCAGCGGCUCCAGCCUGGAGUGGAGUAAAGAUGGCAGUAUAAGAAGCUGCGGUCAGCAUGCCCUGGUGCAGACGGCUGCACGGGCAGACGCAUGCUCUCCGGUGGCCGAGGAGGAAGGGUCAACGUCCGGGGCGGAGGGCAGAGCCAAAGUCGGUUUAGGAGCUGCAGGGUCCAGUUCAGAGGGACCGGUGCAGUACCACACGCAGACCUCAUCCAGUCUGAUGAUGCCUCGACCCAACUCAGUUGCGGCAACAAGCUCGACUAAGCUGGAGGAUUUGAGUUAUCUUGAUGAACAGAGAAACACCCCCCUGCGUACGUCCAUUCGCCUGCCCUGGCACAACACGGGUGGCAGAGCUCCACACGACAAAGCUCGCUUCACUCCAUACAAGCCCACAGACAUCAUGCUCAAACCGCUGCUGUUUGAAGUUCCCAGCAUCACCACUGACUCUGUGUUCGUGGGCCGUGAUUGGCUGUUCCAGCAGCUCGAGGAUGACCUGAGGCCCAGCCAAUCAGGCGAGAGCUCUGGGGUCAUCCUGGUGGGUAACGUGGGCUUUGGUAAAACUGCCAUCAUCUCCCGCCUGGUGGCACUCAGUUGCCAUGGUGGCCGCAUGCGACAGAUCGCAUCCAACAGCCCGAGCGCUUCACCAAAAUGUGUUGAGCAGAAUUCAGAUUUGCCUCUGAGUCAGCCGCCUCAAUCCACUCCUCCUCCUAGUGCCACAAACACCCUGAGGUCCAGCAGCUGUCCCAGUACACCAGAGCUUCAGCGACGGCGCGAGGAGGCUGUCAAACGCCUGGCUGCAAAGGUAGUGGCGUAUCAUUACUGCCAGGCUGAUAACACGUAUACGUGUCUGGUCCCUGAGUUUGUACACAGUGUGUCUGCACUCCUGUGUCGAUCCCAUCAGCUAACAGCAUACAGAGAACUGCUGCUGAAAGAGCCUCAUCUACAGAGCAUGCUCAGUCUGCGCUCCUGCGUACAGGACCCUACAGCUGCCUUCCGCAGAGGCGUCCUUCAGCCGCUCAUCAACCUGCGCAAAGAGAGGAAGAUUCCCGAGGAAGACUACAUCAUCUUGAUUGACGGACUUAAUGAGGCGGAGUUUCACAAGCCAGACUACGGGGACACCAUCGCCUCCUUCGUAACCAAGAUCAUCUGUAGGUUCCCCAGCUGGCUGAAGCUGAUCGUCACCGUGAGGUCCAGUCUGCUGGACAUCACCAGUCUGUUGAACUUCCCUAAGAUCAGCCUGGAUGAAUUCCCUGACAAUCCAGAGAUCAGCGCAGACCUCAACUCCUACAUCCAACACCGCAUCAACAGCAGCCAGAACAUUCCCAACAACAUCUCUCUAAACUGUAAAGCUGACCCCGUCGUCGUAGGUAAGGUCAGCUCCCAUCUCAUCUCCCGCAGUCAGGGGUCUUACCUGUACCUGAAGCUGACCCUUGACCUUUUCGAGAAGGGUCAUCUGGUCAUUAAGAGCGCCAGCUACAAGGUGGUGCCCGUCUCUCUGUCUGAACUUUACCUGCUUCAGUGCAACAUGAAGUUCAUGAGCAACUCUGCGUUCGAGCGCGCCGUGCCCAUUCUGAACGUAGCGCUGGCGUCUCUUCACCCACUGACGGACGAGCAGCUGUUUCAUGCGCUGAACGCCGGCACUGUGAGAGGAGAGAUGCCGUGGGAGGAUUUCCAGCAGAGGAUGGACACGCUUUCGUGUUUUCUGAUUAAACGGAGGGAUAAAACACGAAUGUUUUGUCAUCCUUCCUUCAGAGAGUGGCUUGUGUGGCGAGGUGACGGAGAGAGCUCAGAGUUUCUCUGUGAUCCCAGGAGUGGACAUGCCCUGAUGGCAUUCAUGUUGUCCAGACAGGAGGGGAAGUUAAACCGACAACAGACUAUGGAGCUAGGCCACCACAUCUUAAAGGCACACAUUUUUAAGGGUCUGAGUAAGAAGACCGGCGUGUCCUCCAGUGUUCUUCAGGCUUUAUGGAUCAGCUGCAGUACUGAUGGUCUGUCUGCUGCUUUGGCCUCUCUCAGAAACCUCUACACACCCAAUGUCAAGGUGAGCCGUCUGCUGAUGUUGGGUGGUGUGAACGUCAACUAUCGCACGGAGGUUUUAAACAACGCCCCGGUUCUGUGCGUGCAGUCUCAUUUGGGUCAUCAGGAGAUGGUUUCCCUGCUGCUGGAGUUUGGUGCGAAUGCAGACGUGGUCUCGGAGAACGGGAUGAGCUCUCUGUGUUACGCCGCUGCCGCUGGUCAUCUGGGAGUCGUCGAUCUUCUCUGUAGGAGAGGAGCAAAGGUGGAUCACGUGGACAAAAGCGGUCAAUGUGCAUUAGUGCACGCUGCUCUCCGAGGUCAUCCUGAGAUCAUCGAGUGCCUGCUGGAGCUCACCUGGAGCAAUGAGAGUCAACCGGUGGACCUCGGUCUGAAGAAUAAAGUCCUGCAGCAGGGACUCAUAGCGGCCUGUAGUAUGGGACAUACACAUGUGAUGGAAAGUCUGUUGAUGUUGAAUAAUGAACCGACCGUGCAGAUUGAUGCUCAUGACACGCUGUGGGGUGAAACAGCUCUGACAGCGGCCGCAGGACGAGGAAAGUUGGAGGUUUGUAGUUUAUUGUUGGAGCGGGAGGCGCAGGUGCAGCAGGUGAACAGAAGAGGGGCGUGUGCGCUCUUCUGCGCAGUCCGUCAGGGACACUGGCAGAUUGCAGAUCUGUUAUUGCAACACGGCGCAGACGUGAACGUCAGCGAUAAACAGGGUCGCACUUUACUGAUGGUCGCAGCAUGUGAGGGACAUCUCAGUACUGCUGACUUUCUGUUAUCUAAAGGUGCUUCUUUAACAUCAGUGGAUAAGGAGGGCUUAACUCCUCUCAGCUGGGCGUGUUUAAAAGGACAUAAGAAUAUUGUUCAGUUUUUGGUGGAGAAGGGUGCGGUUAUCGAACACUCGGACAAGAACGGCCGCACUCCUCUGGACCUGGCAGCUUUCUAUGGCGAUGCAGACAUUGUGCAUUAUCUGGUUGAGAAGGGAGCUGUGAUUGAACACGUGGACUACAGUGGCAUGCGAGCGCUGGAUCGAGCCAUCGGCUGUAGGAACACAUCUGUAGUGCUCACGUUACUCAAGAAAGGAGCUAAGCUAGGCUACAGAACUUCACCUUAUGAUCGAACAGGUAACGCAGCCUGGGCGAUGGCUACAUCCAAACCCGAUAUCCUCAUUAUUCUCCUGCAGAAACUUAUGGAGGAAGGCAAUCUACUGUAUAAAAGAGGGAAGAUGAAGGAGGCGGCUCAGAGGUAUCAGUACGCAUUGAGAAAGUUUCCCAGAGAGGGUUUCGGUGAUGAACUCAAGGCUUUCAAGGAGCUCCGGGUGUCUUUGUAUCUCAAUCUGUCUCGCUGUCGCCGGAAAACUAACGACUUUGGCAUGGCUGAGGAGUUCGCAACCAAGGCUCUGGAGCUCAAACCCAAAUCGUAUGAGGCUUACUACGCUCGAGCCCGGGCCAAACGAAGCAGCAGGCAGUUCACUGCGGCGUUAGCCGACCUACAUGAAGCCUCCAAACUCUGUCCAAAUAACCGUGAGAUCUGUCGUCUGCUGGCCCGCGUGGAAGAAGAGUGUAAACAAAUGCAGCACGCUCAGAUCAAACAACUAACAAACCCGACGGCACCGGAUCAAGAACGCUGUCAACCGGAGGACGACGACGACGAAAUGACGGAGCGCAGUCUGGGACACGACGUCGACGAAGAAGAUGAGGAGGCUUCUGAGGGCUGGUCGCAAAACAUUUACUCCCUCAAUCGGACUGUGACGGAUUCUAACGGUCAACAGUCGGGCCGUUCGGUUUCACCUCCUCACAGACAAAGCCUUCGACACCCGCACAGAGAGUCUGUGACUCAGAAGAGUUUCAGCAAACAGGCCCAGAUUGUCAAAACCAACCAGCACCACGGCUCUUUACAGGCAGGGUCUUCACGACCCCCAAAUACUAAGACCCAAUCGCAGUAUGCGCCCUCCAGUCCGAUCCCAAGCCGGCACAUAUCUAGCGUACUGAAAGCGGGUCCGGGUAUCGACAUCAGCCCUCUACCGACCAGCAGCGACGACGCAGGACGAUCGAGCCGUCAUGAAAUCAAAGAUCACCACCUCGUGCCGGUUCGCUCCUCCAAGACGCAAGAGCGAGUCUCAGCUCAGUCUUUGGAGGGGAUGGUGCCCUCCACGGCCACCGGAGACUCGAGAAAGGACUGGAAUCACGGGCCGGGUUCACAGACCAGCAGCAUGCGCGUCUCCAGCUCCACCAGCAGUCUGGCGUCCAGCAGCAGCUUAUCCGACGGUGGAAAAUCACAAGGCCCGGACGUGCGAACCAAAACCGUUUCGGACAAACCUAAGAUCGGCCAGGGAUGCUCUAAACCCAGGCCGUUUAUGGGGAUCAUGGACAAAACGGCUCGCUUUCAACAGCCGCCACCGAGUCAUCCUCCGAUAUCUCGUGGUUGGCAGAGUCAAUCUACAGAAGGGCUGGUCGGCCACAGCGUCUCGUCUACUGGUGUGAACUGCGAACUCGGGUACCCCAAACCGCCCAGCGCUUUCAAAACUCCGUCCCUGAGCAUUCAGCACAACGGCAGUCUACACACGAAAGAGUUUGACAAGUUUUGCCCAACCGCCGCCUGUCACAAAGACUCCAAACCAUCUGUAGGCCUGGCUCAUUCCUUUACAGACAAUACAGCCAAACAACCCGGCCUCGCUCGAGAAAACCCCAACAUUCAUGUAGCCUCAAUGAAACCAAAGAGAUCCUUUAUAGAGUCAAAUGUUUAGGGUGUAUUUCAUAUCACGUCAACAGCUUUUUAUUAGUGGAGGUUUAUGGGAUGCUGAUAAAUAUAUACACAGUAUAUACACCACUGGUGAAAAGUUUAGGAUCACUUGACUUUAUUGUUUCUCAUGAUCUUACAAAGCUUUUGAUCUGCAUGAAUGCUUGAAAUUAGAAAUGUUGACUGUGCCAAAAUAUUUCUUUCAUUACAAAACAUUGCAAUGCAAAAAAUGAUUUAAGAAAACAUUUUCUUAGUAUUUUUGUCUUGUUUUUAGUAAAAAUAUCUAAAAAUUCCUAUUUUAUAAUUGCAAACUUCCACACUGCAAAAAAUGAUUUUCAAGAAAAAAAUUCUUAGUAUUUUUUUUUCAUUAAAAAUAUCUAAAAAUUCUUUAAGAUGCUUUUUCUUGAUGAGCAAAAUGAUCCAAAAAAUAAUUCUAGUUUUUUUUUAACCAAAAAUAUCAAAUUUAAGUGAUUUUGUGCAUAAAACAAGCAAAAAAAUCUGCCAAUGGGGUAAGCAAAUUUUUCUUUAAAUUUUCACAACAAUUUAGUGUUUAAGAAAAAUGUUCAAGAUUUUUUGCUUACCCUAUUGUCAGAUUUUUUUUGCUUGUUUUAUGAGAAAAAAUCUGUUAAAUUUGAUAUUUUCGUCUAAAAACUAGAAUUUCUUUAUGAAAAUAGAAAAUAAAAGCAUCUUAAUUUAAGAAUUUUUUAUAUUUUUACUGAAAACAAGACAAAAAUACUAAGAAAAUGUUUUCUUGAAAAUCAUUUUUUUGCAGUGUACAAAGCUUUUAAUCUGCAUAAAUGCUUGAAAUUAGAAAUGUUGACUGUGCCAAAAUAUUUCCUUCAUUACAAAACAUUGUACUAUUAGUUUUUAUCAUUACAAACUUCCAUAGUUUAGAAAUUAAAAUUAUGAAGUUAUAUAAAAACUAUGAGUUUGUAUGGUGAAGCCAAACUGAAGUAACUUUUUUUAAUUUUGAGUUGUUUUUUGCUUUUCCUUCUUUGUCUGCUUUGUUAAAAUUAGCAGAUGUUUGUAUUUGUCUAUAAGCUAUAAUCUCUGAAGAUCAUGAGAAACAUGAAUACAGUCGAGCUUGACCAAACUUCUGAUUUAUUUACACAAAAUCAACACAAGACUAACAACCUUUUUAUUAGAGACAGCACAUUUAUACUCUAAAGUUCAGACUCAGAUAUUAAUCUGCCAAGCAGGUACAGCUCACUAAUACUGAUAAAACACAGACAGCAGACGACUCUGGGCCGGAUCGGCGCCGGAACGGCUGACUUCGGCAUGGAUCUGGUGCAGAUCCGGCCCAGAGUUGUCUGCCGUCUGUGAAUAUUAAUGCGUUUAAACCCAUAAAAUGGGUUGAUGACAUCUUCACCAGAGCUGCUGAUUUACUGUCAGAUCAUCUUUGGGCUCGUGAGGAGCUUCAUGUUGACCAGCGUUCCUCUUAUAAUACAGAUCUGACUCUCUAACCGUGUACAUAUAUUGUCACAACGUGUAUUGUUUGUGUUCAAUCUUUUCCAUGCAUUUUUGAAUGCCAUGAUGUUUGAGGUUACUAAAGAAAAACUCUACCUGGGUUUGUAUGUUUGUAUAUUUGAAUUUGCUCUUCAGUGUUGAAGUCUAUUCUUUUCUUGUACCUGCUUGUUGUUCCUGUCUAGAUUAAUUUAUUUACGGCUUUGUUUUUGGCGACUGUAAAGCAAUAUAUUUUAUAUAGUUAUUUUUGCACAGCUACUUAAAAGAGAAAUACAAACGGGAGGCUAAGUGUGAGUGCACGAUACAGAUAAAAGAUUUAGAGAAAUGAUAUAAAGAUGAUGAUGAUGAUAGAUCUGAGAUGAGCAGCAGGUAUUUUUUAAAUGUGUAUACAGUGUAUAUUUUUUUCUGCAACUGUUGCCUCAUUCUGUGAACUGUACAAUCUGUUAUUAUAAUACUGUAUCAAAAUAAAUUUCUGCCAUGAUCCACCUAAAACCCAUUAUUCAUUGAAGUUUGAUUCUAGUGAACAAAUUUUUUUUUAGAUUUUUAGACAAAUUUGACAUUAUAAUUUGGGUAUCACUAUAAUAAGGUUCAAGUUGAUAAUGAACAAUACAUCUGCAGAAUUAAUUUAUCUUUAUGUAAAUUUCAACGUAUUACAGAAAUGUUUUAUAAUUAAAUGUUGUAUUGGUUAACAUUAAUUCACAACAAAUUAACAUGAACACUGUAUUUUAUACAGCAUUAAUCAAUGUUUCAAGUCAGCUAGUAACUAUAAAU